AAUAAUGUAUUUGAUUCAUUGUUCUCACCUGGUUUUAAUAGAGAGCAAGAGAUGUCAGAAAUGGUGGCAUUUGACUCAUGUGGUGGCAGGUGAUGCGAAUGAAAUGGUGGUGGAGGCAAGCAGCAGAGGUGGUAGUGGUGGUGGCGGUGGCGCCACUGCAGCUGUUAGUUCUACAUCUGCAUGGGCGUGGAGUGUUGGAGAUAAGAGGGGACGUGAAGAGCACAUGAAUGAGCAGAUUUCAGAACCAGUUACAACAUUUUGCAGGGCAUAUAGUGAUUUUUCUAUUGAAAGUUCCGCAAUGGGAUCAGCUGCAGAAAGACCUAGGAUUCAGACUAGUGCAGCAUAUACCUACAUUCCAACAUAUGACAACAACAACAUAGAAUCCUAUGCAGGAAUACCUAAGAGAAAAUAUAGAGGAGUGAGAAUGAGGCCAUGGGGGAAAUGGGCUGCUGAAAUAAGAGAUCCAUGUAAAGCUGCAAGACUUUGGUUUGGGACAUUUGACACUGCUGAGGAUGCUGUAAUAAAUUAG